UGCGCCGUUUUUACAAAAAAAGCCAACAUUUGUUUCCGCUCUCAGACUUCCUAUCGCUCCGAGGAUGAAGAAGCUCUGCAAAUGAAUGGAGGCCACCAUGCCGCAGUACGCUUCGUCUGCCACAAGCUCUUCUGCAUUCAAGUGCAAAGAAGCCACAAAAUCGUUGAUUUGCUCGUCUCCUUAUAGAGUACUAUCGCAAAGAAUUUCCGCAUCUCUUAGGAGAAGUUCUAUUUCCUCAUUUAGUUUUAGAGGGAGUUCUUCAGCAAAACUAUUUUCUUUCUUGCGCGUGACACAUUAUUCUACUUAUUUAAACGAUGAGUUCCCAUUUUCCUCGAAGAGAAGAUCUAGAGGGCCCGUUAUGGCUGCUAGGAAAGCAUCUAAAGAGACAAUUGAAGGAGAUGGAAAAUACAAGCAUACCGUUGAUCUGCCGAAGACUACAUUUGGCAUGAGAGCAAAUUCUUCAGUUAGGGAGCCUGAAAUUCAGAAAAUAUGGGAUGACCAUCAAGUGUUCAAUCGAGUCGUUGAAAGAAACACUGGAGAAAAUUUCAUUCUUCAUGAUGGUCCACCAUAUGCCAAUGGAGAUCUUCACAUGGGCCAUGCUUUGAAUAAGAUUUUGAAGGAUAUAAUAAACCGUUAUAAGCUUCUUCAAAACUAUAAAGUUCGUUUUGUGCCUGGUUGGGACUGCCAUGGCCUACCAAUUGAGUUAAAAGUUCUGCAGUCAUUGGAUAAAGAAGCCAGGAAGGACCUUACCCCAAUUAAGUUGAGAGAUAAGGCUGCCAAGUUUGCUAAAGCUACGGUGAAAGCUCAGAUGAUAUCAUUUAAGCGCUAUGGAGUGUGGGCAGAUUGGAACAAUCCAUAUCUAACUCUCAGUCCGGAAUAUGAAGCUGCCCAGAUUGAGGUGUUUGGUCAGAUGGCCAUCCAAGGAUAUAUCUUUCGAGGGAGAAAGCCAGUUCACUGGAGUCCCUCAUCAAGAACUGCUCUUGCAGAGGCUGAAUUGGAGUAUCCUGAGGGGCAUACUUCAAGAAGCAUAUAUGCUAUUUUUAGAUUGGUUAAGGAAGGUCCACCUUCAUGCGGCUUGUUACAAGAAUUUCUUCCAGACUUGUGCUUGGCCAUAUGGACUACAACUCCCUGGACUAUUCCAGCCAACGCUGCGGUUGCUGUCAAUGCCAAGCUUCAGUAUGCCAUAGUAGAAUUGCGGGCACCAUCAGAAGAUGUCUCUUUAUCGUCUGGAAAUAAAAAGCAGAGGCCUGGAAAUAUCCUGAAGGAGGAAAAAAAGCCUUUCCUUGUCGUAGCAUCAGAUCUGGUUCCAACAUUGGAAGCAAAAUGGGGCAUGAAGCUCGUUGUCAAGAAGAAAUUGUUGGGUUCAGAACUUGAAAACUGCAGAUAUAUCCACCCAAUUGAUAAGAGGGAAUGCCAAGUUGUCAUUGGAGGAGAUUACAUUACAACUGAGACAGGAACUGGAUUGGUCCAUACGGCUCCUGGGCAUGGCCAGGAGGAUUAUGUGACUGGUAUGAAGUAUGGGCUCCCCUUAAUAUCUCCUGUGGAUGAUGAUGGAAAAUUCACAGAAGAAGGAGAAAAGAUGAUAAUUCUAAUUCCUACCAGGUUUCUUUCAUUCCUAUUCUUGAGAUUUAUAAGUGUUCGUUUUCAAUAUGUCAUCUCUUCUUAUACAGAACAUAAAUAUCCAUAUGAUUGGCGAACAAAGAAACCAACAAUUUUUAGGGCAACUGAGCAAUGGUUUGCAUCAGUAGAGGGAUUUCGCCAGGCUGCUAUGGAUGCUAUUGGUGAAGUAAAGUGGAUACCUCCUCAGGCGGAAAAUAGAAUCUCUGUGAUGACCUCAAGCCGCUCUGAUUGGUGCAUAUCUCGGCAAAGAACAUGGGGUGUCCCAAUACCAGUAUUUUAUCAUGUGGAAACAAAAGAACCUCUUAUGAAUGACGACACUAUAAACCACAUCAAGUCAAUAAUAGCCAAAAAGGGUAGCGAUGCUUGGUGGUAUAUGAAAGUAGACGAUCUUCUUCCUGAUAAAUAUCGAGAAAUUGCAUCUGAAUAUGAAAAAGGGACUGAUACAAUGGAUGUGUGGUUUGAUUCAGGCUCCUCUUGGGCAGCAGUAUUAGGGACACAAGAUGGAUUUAGUUUUCCUGCUGAUUUGUACCUUGAAGGUACAGAUCAGCACCGUGGCUGGUUCCAAAGUUCUUUGUUGACGAGCAUCGCCACAAAAGGGAAGGCUCCAUAUUCCAGUGUCAUUACACAUGGAUUUGUUUUGGAUGAGAAAGGUUUGAAAAUGAGCAAAUCUUUGGGUAAUGUAGUUGAUCCUAAGACUGUGAUUGAAGGAGGAAAGAAUCAAAAGGAAACCCCUGGCUAUGGAGCAGAUGUCCUGCGCCUCUGGGUUUCCAGUGUGGAUUAUACAGGUGAUGUGAUGAUCGGUUCUCAAGUUCUCCGUCAAAUGUCAGAUAUAUAUAGGAAACUGCGAGGAACAUUAAGAUUCCUUCUGGGAAAUCUGCAUGAUUGGACAGAGGAUAAUUAUGUACAAUAUCAGGAUCUUCCAAAGAUUGACCAGCAUGCAUUGUUUCAGCUUGAAAAUGUCAUUAACAACAUCAGAGAAAGCUAUGAAAGCUAUCAGUUCUGUAAGAUCUUUCAGAUUAUACAACGGUUUGUGAUUGUUGAUCUUUCAAAUUUCUACUUUGAUGUUGCUAAAGAUCGAUUAUAUGUUGGGGGAAGCACGAGUUUUACUAGGAGAAGUUGUCAAACAGUUCUCGCAGAUCAUCUUGUUUCUAUUACGCGAAUAAUUGCUCCUAUAUUGCCUCAUUUGGCUGAGGAUGUGUGGCAGAAUCUACCCUUCGAGCAUAAAAAUGAUGACGGUUCUGUUGCCAAAUUUGUCUUCGAAUCAAGGUGGCCAAGCUUAAAUAAGACUAGGCUUUCUCUUCCCAGAGAAGAAGUUGAUUUCUGGGCCAAUAUUCUCGAGCUGAGGACAGAAGUGAAUAAAGUCCUGGAGGUUGCUCGAACCGAAAAGCUGAUUGGUUCAAGCUUAGAGGCUAAAGUCCACCUGCAUACUUCAGGAGAUGGUUUGGUUUCCAAAUUGUCUGAAAUGUGCGAAUCCAACCAUGAGGCAGACACUUUGCAAAGAAUAUUUAUUACAUCUCAGGCAGAGGUUCAUCGAUCCAUAGAGAAUGAGCUGGUAGAGAACAUACCAUACACUGGAGAGUGCCUCAUCCGAGGGAGUAAAGUCUGGAUUGGCGUAUCUCGUGCUGAAGGUUCCAAGUGCGAGAGAUGUUGGAACUUUUCGCUACGAGUAGGGUCUUUCCUGGAACAUCCCACCCUCUGCAAGCGGUGUUUCGAUGUGGUUGCUGGCCACCCCGAACCAGCUAUGGCAGCAAUCAGCUGAGACGCUGGCUGAUGAAGGUCGAUUGGCAUUUCGAUUUUGAUAACACUGCCAUUCUUUCACCCAGUAGUUCCUUUACUCUCCAUUACCAAGAUGGGAAGAAGAGAUGUUGGGUGGUUUCCAUUUUUUGAGAUGAUGAUGUAUAUUAUUAUUUUCCAUUAAAUCGUAUCUUGAUGAGAUUAAUCUGUUAUGUGUUUUGACUUUUGAGUAGGCUCAGAUAUUAAUUUUACAGCUUAGCCUUUGGGAUGACUGUGGAUUCCACCAAAUCAACGCACACUCAGAAAGCUAAAAAAUCUGACAAAUUCUCCAGCUGAAGAGUUGAGCCAAGGCAAAGAGGAAGCAGGAACAAAUGAAUGAAUGCUAUUUAAACUGUGAUAAUGGUAUGGUUAAAUUACAAAUUUUAUCUUUAUAAA